AUGAUAAGUAGAUCCGAAAAUUUAAAACAAUCUGAGUUCCUGACGGAUAAAAUUAGGGAUGAAACCUUCAGUCGCCUGUACGGACGCGUCACUCAACAACGACACCUGCUCGUGCACUUGCACAAACGGCGUCAUCUUCAACCACCCUGUUCGUCACCUGAUCAGGGCAGCGGGGGUAAUGACGCUUCACUUGACAUAUGCCAGGCGGAAAAGAAUCAAUAUAUGGAGCGCGAGCGAGAGGCGAUAGCUAAACUUCAUGAGGCAGAGCUUGCCCACAUCAGCUGCCAGGAAGGUCAGGCGGCUGAACUUGAGGCGGUAAAUCAGGCGAAUGCUAUUUGCGAGAGCCAGCUCCAGGCCGAAUUGACGAAAGCCACCCGCCUCACUGGAUUCAAAAACGCGAGCUGCUGGAACCAAGUUUCUGGUCGAUACGUUACUGGCAGCCGCAUUGUUGAUAAUACAAUGAUACUCAAAAAAUGCAGAGACAUGUGUUGGGAUUUUAGAUAUUAUGGCCUUCAUGAUGGUAAUACAUGUACAUAUGGAAAUAGUGUCGCUCCGGGGCACAGGAUGUCGGAAAUUGAAUGCAGAAUACCUUGCAAGAGUGAUACGAGAGACUUUUGUGGAGGCAAGAAAACAGAAACUGUGUUCAUGUUCGACCCGAGACUCGUUGUCUAA